AUGGUCUUGAAAUACGGCAUUCCGCAGACACAAAUCAAUCUACAAGGAGGAUGGCCCACGCCGCGUCUUCACCCAGCCAAGGAGCUGGAAGCGGCAGCGGCUAGGGUAUUCGCUAGUCCCGACAUCCAACAACAAUUACGGUACGGGCCAGGACAAGGAGAAUCCGGGUUGAGAGCCAACAUUGCUGGUUGGCUCUCGGAUGAAUACCAACCCACGGCGGGGCUGAUUUCGCCGGAACGUAUACUUGUUACGAACGGCGCUUCCAACGGACUGGCCACCAUUCUGCAGAAGUUUGCUGAUCCGGGGUAUACUCGGACGAUAUGGGUGGUCGAGCCGACAUACCAUCUUGCGUGCCCCAUUUUUCGCGAUGCGGGCUUUUUGGGACGAAUCCGGGCUGUGCCAGAGGGCAAGGAGGGCGCUGACCUCGACUUCUUGAGGCAAGCGCUUGACGAUUCUGAGAAAAAGUCGACCCUGUUUGGAGAAGCCCCGCCGAACAAGACCUCAGGGAAUGGCUAUCCCAAGAUUUAUCGCCACAUCUUAUAUAUGGUGCCCACGUUCUCAAAUCCUAGCGGAAGGACCAUGGCACUAGAGGAUCGCAAGGAGCUAGUCCGUAUUGCGAGGAAGCACGAUGUUCUGCUGGUGACCGACGAUGUUUAUGAUGUCCUCCGAUGGUGUCCAACGGAGGGCUGCAAUUGUCAGGAUGCGCACCUGCUAUGUCCUCCCCGUCUCGUGGAUGUCGAUCGAUCGUUACCAGGCCAGGACGCCUUCGGCCAUGCCAUCAGCAAUGGCUCUUUCUCGAAGAUCGUCGCUCCUGGUGUGCGUGUCGGGUGGAUGGAAGGAACAACAGAGUUUGUGAAGACAUUGAGUCGCGUGGGUGCAAGUGCUUCGGGCGGGAACCAAGCACAUAUGGCAUCACUAAUCUUAGGACAGCUUUUUGCAAAUAACAGCCUGCAGCGUCAUGUUAAAGACGUGUUGAUACCUACCUACCGGGAGCGAUACUACACCAUGGUAGCAGCGAUCAGACAGUAUCUGUAUCCAUACGGCGUGAGAAUAGUGACAGACAAGCUGGGCAAUCCGAGUGCAGAACCUGCUGGGGGUUUCUUUCUAUAUGUACUCUUUCCCGAAGAUGGCUCACUACCAGGUAUCGAGACAAUUCAUAGCCUGGCGUUAGAGCAAUUCAAUCUUCGCAUAGCACCUGGUGGGCUGUUCACGGUUGGCGACGACAACUCAGAGCACCCGUCACGGUCGAAAACGUACAUUAAUGGAGCUCGGUUAUGUUGGGCAUGGCAUGAAGUAGACGAGUUGGUUGAAGGAAUUGAAAGAUUAGGCGAAGCUCUGAAGAUGGCGAAACAAAUACGGCGUAGUGGUCGUAGUGGUUGA